AUGGCAGCAAAGCUAAUUUCAGAUCGGAGCGAAAGCAUCUCGAAUUUCGUAUCGCGUCUACUCAGACCUUCGAUGACGGAGAUAGAUGAUGGUGAAAGCCUGGCAUCUUUUGAGACUGCAGAUGAGGUUGUGUUUAUCGGUUACUUUGACCCCAAGGACGAGGUUGCCAGGCAAGGUUUCGCAGCCGUAGCGGACAAGUACCGCAACGACUUCACGUUUGGCCUCGUCACCAGCGAUGCACUCAUUGCGGCACAAAAGCUGGAACCACCUGUUGUGGUAUGCCAUGUUGUCCAGGAUGGAGAGUCGAGAACCUGGAACUCCUUCUCUGAUCCUGAUGACCUGGACAGGUUCGUAAGGGAAGCGUCAAGGCCGGCCAUAGGAGAGCUCAUGCCACAUAAUCGGCAACUGUUGAUCGAUCGCGGCUGGCCCAUGGUAUACAUCUUCGGCGCGACCGAGGCCGACCGCGCAGAACUUCGCAGCUCGUUGCGCAAGUUCGCCAAGUCGCAGUACGAAUCCCUGACAUGUGUCACGGUCGACCCCCUUGAGUUCCCCCAUCUUCAGGCAGAGAUGGGUCUCGAGCCUGGAGUCUUCCCCUCGGGCGCGGUUCACCAGCUCUCAAAAGAUAGGAUCUACCCGUACCCGCGCGGUCAGCCGUUGGACACGCGAUCGCUUCAGAAAUGGGGCCUGGAUGUGUGGCAGGGCCGGAUCCAACCUUGGACGCCUCCUGGUGCAACCACUGUCCAUGAAGAACGCGCAGGCCCGACCAAAAGCGUCAAGAGAAAACUGUCGGUUGCGAAUAUUCCUGGCGUUAAUAUUCGGGUGGGUGGACGAGAUGAGCUGUAGAUAUCACUGGGUUCCAAGUAUCUAGUUCCGUUGGACGUGG